CGAGCGGAGCGGCGAGAGCUCCGGCGGACGAGGAGGGACUUGGAGUGGCGUCCCGAAAUAGUAGAGCAAGAAUAACAAACAGUGAAAAGUACGCUAUGCGUGUCCGGUCAAAGUUCACUCCUGUCUACUCGUGAAUGUCAGAAACUGAGGGAAAACCCGAUGAGGCUAACUGACACCUUUGGAGAGCCUGAGCGAUAAGGCUGUAAGGGAUAGCGAGCCUUCUCUCCACCUGACCUGGAUAACCAUCAUCAUCAUCAUCAUCAUCAUGGUGUUCUUAUCCUGCAAGACUUUUCCAUUCGAAUGUUAAGGAUCGAUCCCAGCUCUGGCCAUGGGGAUGUGUCACAGCUUCAGAUCUAGGUUAUCACAGUCGGCGAUCUCAUACACCGGCGGACGGACCGGUGCGAGUCCCGGGAUCGAUGUCGAGUCCGGUCAUUUGGACAGUUCUGACACGCAGCUCAGAGAGCAGCGGCGGGUGGAGGACAGGGCGCGGGCCAAAGCGGAGAACAAACGGAGUCGAAACAUUGACAAGAGCCUGAAGGCGGAGAAGAGAGAGUACAAGCAAACGCACAGACUGCUGUUGUUAGGGGCUGGAGAAUCGGGGAAAAGCACCAUAGUCAAACAGAUGCGCAUUUUACAUGUCAAUGGCUUCAAUGCUGAAGAGAAAAAACAGAAAAUUCAAGACAUCAAGAAUAAUAUAAAAGAAGCUAUAGAGACUAUUGUGACGGCAAUGUCCGUGUUGGUACCUCCAGUCCAGUUAGCCUGUCCCGCAAAUAAGUUUCGAAUUGAUUACAUCUUCAAUUUAGCCAAUCAGAAGGACUUUGAAUUCACACCGGAAUUUUAUGAACACACAAAGACCCUGUGGCAGGAUGAAGGGGUGAGAGCUUGCUUCGAAAGAUCCAACGAAUAUCAACUGAUCGACUGCGCACAGUAUUUCCUGGACAGGAUUGACACUGUGAAACAGAGUGACUAUACUCCCACUGAUCAGGACUUGCUCAGAUGCAGAGUUCUGACUUCCGGGAUCUUUGAGACAAGAUUCCAAGUGGACAAAGUUAAUUUUCAUAUGUUUGAUGUUGGCGGACAGAGAGACGAACGCAGGAAAUGGAUCCAGUGUUUUAAUGAUGUGACAGCCAUCAUUUUCGUGGUAGCCAGCAGCAGUUAUAACAUGGUGCUCAGAGAGGACAAUCAGACCAACAGACUCCAGGAGGCCCUGAACCUGUUCAAGAACAUCUGGAAUAACAGGUGGCUUCGAACUAUUUCUGUCAUUCUGUUCCUAAACAAGCAGGACUUGCUGGCUGAGAAGGUUUUGGCGGGAAAAUCAAAAAUUGAGGAUUACUUCCCUGAGUUUGCACGCUACACUACACCAGAUGAUGCAACACCAGAGCAAGGGGAAGAUCCACGAGUUACGAGAGCAAAAUAUUUCAUCCGAGAUGAGUUCUUGGAUCAAGAUGAAACGCCUGAUCCUGUGUAG